GGAAAAUAUUGAAGACUUUUAAAGUUGGGAAAUUUGAAGACUUCGUAAAUCGAAUUAUUGACAAACGACGUUUUACAGUUACUUCCGCUUCCUUUCCAAAUCCUCUCCGCCGCCGCCGCCGCCUGUCCUCUCCGCCGCCGCCGCUGCCGCUGCUGAUCAUCUCAAUAAUGGAGGGCGUAGGGGCCAGGUUCGGCCGAUCUUCCACCCGUUACGGCGGUCCCGCUGCCGUCUUUACAGGCCCGGUUCGCAAGUGGCAAAAGAAGUGGGUUCACGUGCCGCCGCCCAAUUCCAACAACCACCAUCACACGGCGUCUAAUGGAACCGCUAAUGGAAGCAACGGCUCCUUCCACGUGCAGUUUUACAAGUGGACGCCCAUCGUUUCCAGCCAAUUGAAAGACGGUAGCAACAAUGAUAGCAACGGCGGCGAUAAUGGUAAUGCUGAACCUAAAAAUUCGAGUAAGGGAGACGAUGCUGCGGUGGAGGAGCCUCCGAAGAAACGAUUCAAGUAUAUUCCGAUUGUUGUGCUUGAAGAACAAAAAGUUGAAUCCUCGGAGCAGAUGGAGGAUGAAAAUAAGUCAGAUGAGGGUAACUCAGAUGCAAUAGAGACAACGUCCAGAGGUGAUGAAAAACCUGACAUGAAUGAUACACCAAUGGAUGAAAACCAGGCUUCAGAGAGCAGUCGUGAGGAACGGCAAGAUCUGAACGAAAGCACCUUGGAUUUGAGUCUGGGGUUGAAUGCUCAUGAUGGUGAAAAUGAGUCCAACGAUCAAAACAGAGAUUAGUAGAGCGAAUCAGCUCUUCAUUUAUUGAGACGCUGGUUUGUUUAUGCAAAAGCCUAAAGGUUAGACGCAGAUGAGCAAUCUAAGCUUGUUGAGUACAGUGUUUGCUGCGUUUCUUAAGCCUAAGAAGUAGAUUUCAUGGUCACUAAAUGUUGUAAUUUUAGGUUUAGUUUGCUUCUUUGUUGAAGUGAUUGUAUUUGUAUGAUUUCAUCUCAUUGCAGAUGGAAUCAAAUUUUUUACUCGAAUCAGAAUUGUAUUAUUUUAUGGUCAAGAUAUCUAUCUAUUCUUGUUAA